AUGGGCGAGAAGCUCGCCUCCAAGGAGAAGUCAGGUGCAGCGCCUGCCACACCGAGCGGCAGGAGAGAGCCUCGGACUCGCUCGGCGGCGGCGGCGGCGGCGGCUUUCCCGGCCGAAUCCAACGCGGCAAAGGCGCGCCAUCGUCUGCACUGCGCAUGGUCCGCAACCAAGCAACGCAUCGGCGUGCAGGAUGGAGUCUUGCGCGACGAGGUCUUGACCGAAGCAACUGAUAUGGCCGACGACGCGCACUCCCUACAUUGCCACGCCUCGAUCAAACGCGCAAGGUCAUGCGCUGCCCAACGCAGCGGCACAGCUGCCGACACCAGCAGCGCCCCCGCCACCAACUCCAUCUCCGGCGCCGAUCAACCCGCGGCACAAGCUCGAGCCACCGCUGCUGGCGCUGCCGCUCGUGGCGAGGAAGUGGAGGAUGUGUCCGUGGACGCCGUCGUCGUCGAGAAUGAAGGAAUGUUUCGCACUUGGGGUGGCACCGCCGAUGACGAGCACGCCUCGGCAACCGGCCAUGGUGGAAAGGGGGGAGCCCCGAAAGCGGCAUCGGCCAAGGCUGAAAUCGCCGAGGGGACAAAGAAGGACGAUGCGAGCAUUUUCCGCGAGGUCACGUCCAACUAUGGUGGUCCGGUCAUCAUCUUUUGUCGAUGGACUGUGUGGCCCCGUGUCGUGUGAGUCGCGGCGUUUUCCGCGGGGAUUGCGCCCCAACGCCGAGCUAAGGAGCUGACAAAGAGAAAACGCGCCGCGCCCGCAAAAUACGAAUUUCGCCAUCUACCAGCGCCUUCUUCGCACCUCAAUUCGAAUCGAGAGAAAUCGAGGCCGCAUAUCAAAAGGACUCGUGGACGAGCAUGAAGCGCUCGGUCCUGUACGGCACCCUCUUCUUCGAAAUCAACUGGAUUCUGUCCGUGUCGAUGCUGCCGAAGCCGUGGUCGGCGUGGAACUUGGCUGCGAGCGCCGUCUUGAUGCCGUUGAGCACGAUCCCUUUGGUUCCGAUGGCUUUGUGGGAUUGGCCGGCAUUGCAUCGUGGAGCUCGGUACUGGGUAUGCUCGUGGUGCGGGGCGCGGUCUUAACGUGGUCGGCUGACCGACCCACCGAAAUAUGUGAUUGAACAGAUCUGGCAAUCCUUUGUUUUUCUGGCCGUGCUCAUCGCUUCGACGAACUCUAUCGUGUAAGUUCCGUGAUUUAAGUUUGCCCUGCAUUCUAGAUGAGCUCACAUCAAACAUUAUCCGUCUGCAGGGACAUGGCAUUGUGCGCUUAUUUCGCUCCCGAUCGUCACUGCGGUGCCAAAGACUUUCUCACCGUCUUCUUCUAUGCUGCCGUGAGUUGAGACACCUGAGAUGCGUCGAUGAAGCUAUGUUUGACACGGGCGGUCACACCUCACUUUGUGUUCAAUCAGGCGCCACCGGCCGUCUCGCUAUUCGCGCUCAACCAAGUCCGCGUCGGAGCGUUCGGAAUAUUUGUCGCGUGGACGGGUCUGGUCCUCGGCACAUUUCUUCGCCUCAAGGGAUCUUUCAUCCGCAGUGCCAUCAACCUCUUCAGUACGUAUCUCUCGUGUUGCGGAUUAUUUCCGCGCUCAUGAUCACUGACGCUACGACAAACACCUAACAGUCUUCUACGUCUUCCUGCUCAUGUACUCGCAUCAACGGGAGAUCAACGAUCGUCGGACCUUCACCUUGCGGCUCGAGCUCAAGCGACUCUAUCGACUCAAGCAAAAAGCCGAGCAUCGCGAACGACGCGAGGCCGAUGCCAGCAAACGCUUCUCCAACUUUUUGUUCCACGAGGUGCGCGUCCCGCUCAACACCUCGACGCUCGCUUUCCAAAACAUCAAGGAAUCGGGGAUUGUUAUGUCGGACACGGAUUGUGACUUGUCGAUCGAGUUCGAAGCGCUCGAAUCCUCGUAAGUGGUCCGCACCCGGUGAAGUGCUUGGAAAAUGGUGUCUGACGUGGCACGGCAUCUCAACUUCAUUACCGCAGACUCGCGGCCAUGGCUCAAGUCCUGAACGACGUUCUCGAUCAUUCCAAGCUUGAAAAAGGCGGAUUUUCGAUGUUGUCGAGCCCCUUUUCGCUCCACCGCGCCAUGCACAGCAUCUUUAAUCAACUCCAACUUGACGUCGACGCCAGGCGCCUCACACUCGAAACCCAUCUCGACGCUCGCAUCGACGAGGUCUGCGUUAAAUCGGCGUGGCCGACGAGUGAAUGGCCGACACGGAUCCUGGAAGGCGAUGGCUUCUUGCUCGGUGACGAGAUGCGACUGCGGCAGAUCCUGACCAAUCUCACCUCGAACGCGGUCAAGUUCACAUCAGCGGGUGGGAAGGUCGCGGUCACGACGAAGCUUUUACGACCCUCCUUCACCCCAGGCGGUUAUCAAAGACCCGAGCCUUCGCCCAGCGACUAUUCGGACCUACCAACAUCGAGUGAGGGCUAUUCAGACACUGAGAAGGGCCUGACAUCGGCGACUCUCGAGGUGUUCGCGGUCGAAGGUAGCACGAGCAGCAGUUCCAACUCGAGCUCUCGCGAUCCGGGUGAGGUCAUCGUUGUUCGUUUCGAGGUGCGCGAUACGGGCGUCGGUAUUCGGCCCCGGGAUAUGCAGGGGGAUCGGUCGUUGUUCUCGUCGUUUGUGCAGACCGAGGUCGGCAUGAGGCAAGGUGGGACAGGAACUGGGUGAGUCGGUUUCUAAACGAGCUGUGCGCAUUUGAUUGUAUGGGGAACAUACUGACUUGACGUAUGCGAUGCUGUCAUCAGCCUUGGGCUCUCAUUAGUCCGUCAACUCGUCAAACUGAGUGGCGGCAGGCUUGGUGUCACGUCGAAAGUUGGUGAAGGCUCAACGUUUUGGGUCGAGUGAGUCGGUAUUGGUCAGAUUCUGAUCGCCUCUAUUGUCUCCACACCUCUGAUCUAAACACUCAUCUUCUCUCUCAGGUUACCUUUUCAAGUGGGCGCUGCUGCCUUGGUCGCACCGGUCGACGACUUUAUCACGCCGGUCAAACUUGAAGCUCGACCUCACUCGUGGCCCAUCGAAUUCCCUCCGCCGACGCCACCCAGCUCGCACAUGGAGUCGGCGCCGCAGUCCAAUUUUACCACGAUUUCUCCAACCUCGCCUCACGAGAAGCCGGCGUACAGUUUGGCAGCGUCAACCAGCGACGGAUCGGAUGCGAUCGAGAUGAUCGCCCCGUCGGAGAAGGAGAAGGUGAAGAGUGGCGCGAGCGAGGUCCCACAGCUUGCGAUAUCGCCUCCGGCUGUGACGCCGAUACCGACUCCAUCCACUGCGACGAGUUCGUCGCCUGCGUUCAAGUGCCUGUCUGGUACAUCCCCGCCGCUGCCGACGCAGGCAGCCAUCUCUAUCCCUGCGGUCGUGCCCAUGCCCAGUCCCUUGUCCCUCCUCUCCAUUACGAGAACUCCUGCGACGCCCCCGCUCGAGUUUCAGGAUGGGCCAAUCCGGGUGCUCGUCGUCGACGAUGACGCACUGACGCGUAAGCUGAUGACACGAAUGAUCGAACGAGGCGGCUCGCUGGUAUCGACCGCGAACGAUGGCGAACAAGCGCUGGAAUUGAUCCUCGCUCGGAAGGAGUCAGACCCGGUCGGGGUGCAUGUCUACAACUAUGACGUCAUCUUCCUCGACAAUCAAAUGCCGAAGCAGACGGGCCUCGAAGUCGUGCAGGCGCUCCGGACAUUGGGCCGUGAAGACCUCGUGGUCGGGGUGACAGCGAACGCGAUGCAGUACGACCAAGACGAGUAUCGGUCACGGGGUGCCGACGAGGUCCUGACCAAGCCCGUCGCCGAAGCGUCGCUACGCAAUUACUGUGCCUUUGCCGACGUUCGGCGGAAGCAACGAAGGGAGGAGGUCGCUGCUACGAGCUCGAGCGCCGCUUCGGAGCCGCUUACCCCGCCGCAACGACCGCCGCUCACUCAUUUCCUGAUCUCGCGCGAUUCGUCUCGGAGCAUUCCUAGAGCUCCGUAG